AGCCGACAGCUGGCAAAGGACGAGCUUCUUUUUAGUUUGUUUAAGCAGCGGAACUGUUUGUCCUCCAAAGUUCACAGCAAAAUGCCGGAGAUACUGACACCGAGGAUUAAAGCCAUUAACACCAGUGCUAGUACUGGACUGGAGGGCUUCAAGGCGCAUGCUGUGUUCCAGGAAAUCAACAAGAAGCUCCAGGAGGAAGGGGAGCAGUUUGUGAAAAAGAUCGGAGGAGUGUUUGCCUUCAAAGUAAAGGAUGGCCCGGAUGGACAGGAGGCAACGUGGGUGGUGGAUGUAAAAAAUGGCAAAGGCUGUGUUCACAAUGACAAAGAUAAGAAAGCAGAUUGCACCAUCUCUUUGUCAGACACGGACCUGUUGGCUUUGAUGACGGGGAAGAUUAAUCCACAGACCGCGUUUUUCCAGGGCAAGCUGAAGAUCACGGGGAACAUGGGCCUGGCCAUGAAGCUCCAAAACCUGCAGCUGCAGCCGGGAAAAGCCAAACUGUAGAAGAGACGCUCGGCGGAGCGCCAACUAACGGUGCAACCACAGGACGUGUAGAAGCAAGUGUUCGACAUGAACCACUUCUCCUGGCAGAGCAGCGGUCCCACUGGACAAUAACCUAGAUGGACAGAUCAUUCGUUUCCUAACCGAGUCCCCGUCUGUCCACACUUAGGACAGGCGAUCCCUACUUUGUGACACGAAUAACAUUUAUGUCCAGAUUUUAAUAAACUUCCAUAACAAUAAAAAUUUAAUUGAAUGUGAAAUCCCUAGUAUGUUUAGAGGAGAACGCAUUAAAACUAAUUUCACAUUUAUAACC